AUGUCUUCUGGAUUGGAAAAAAAAGAGACACGUAAACGCCUGAUCGUGGUUUUAGAGUUUUGUCCUCUUGAAAUCAUCAGGGUUGGAAAAUCAAGAGAUGCGCGCAUGCAGCUUCUCAAUUGCGAUGAUCAUUCAAAUCUUCUCCGUCGUCAGCAAAGGGACCCGAACGAAUUUCGCCCAGACAUUGUGCAUCAGUGUCUUUUAACCCUUUUAGACUCGCCCCUAAACAAGGCCGGGCUUUUGCAAGUAUUUGUACAUACACGUUCAAAUGUGCUUAUAGAGGUACACCCGCACAUUCGACUGCCUAGAACGUUCCCCAGAUUUGCGGGCCUUUUUGGUACGACAUUUUUUAAUUGUCUAGUCCAACUGCUCGAAAAGCUUUCAAUUAAAUCUUCUGCCGGGGAACGUCUGUUGUCUGUGAUCAAAAAUCCAAUUACAGAUCACCUCCCCCUUGGAGCGGUGAGAAUCGGGCUGUCUGGCGACGACGCAAAAGCAGCAGUUAACAUCCGAAAUUGGAUAUCAAGCGAAUGUUCGGAAAUUGCCAAAGACAAGCCGACCGUUGUGUUUAUAGGAGCCAUGGCACAUGGCUCUGAUGAUUUUGAAUUUGCGGAAAAAAAAAUCAGCAUAUCUAACUACCCGCUAUCCGCAUCCGUAGCAUGCGGCAAAGUCUGCUGUGCCUGGGAGGAGCUUUGGGGGAUCAUUUAA